AUGGGGCUGCUGCUACCGAUCCUUCUGGGCUUUCUUGCCGCUCUGAUUGGAGGGCUGUACCUCCUGGGGGUGUUUCGACAACGAAGACCAGGAGAGCCUCCUCUGGAUAAGGGUCUUAUCCCUUGGCUGGGCCAUGUGUUGGAAUUUCGUAGAAACACACUGAAGUUCCUGGAGAGGAUGAUGAAGAAGCAUGGUGAUGUUUUCACAAUACAGCUGGGAGGGUUUUACAUUACAUUCUUUCAGGACCCUCUGUCAUUUGGGGCACUCGUGAAGGAGAGUCGAGAAAAGCUGGACUUCAAUAAGUUUGCUGUGCAUCUGGUGCACAGAGUGUUUGGUUACAAAGCUGUCAAGAGUGACCAUACCCUUCUCCAGGUUUCCAGCAACAAGCACCUAAAAGGGGAUGGCCUGCAGGUAAUGACUCAAGCCAUGAUGGGUAAUCUGCAGAACCUGAUGUUGAACACCAUGGAUUCAGAUGUAGCCCAGAAGACUUGGAUGGAAGAUGGACUGUUCAUGUACAGCUACAACAUUGUUUUCAGAGCUGGCUACUUGUCCUUAUAUGGUAAUUGGCCACACAAAUCAGAAGGAGGUGAGGAGAAAGCUAAAGAGAAAGACAGGGCUGAGUCAGAAGCACUGUUUUAUGAGUUUCGUAAAUAUGACCAGCUGUUUCCAAACUUGGCUUACGGUGUCCUGACACCAAGUGGAAGGAUGGAGGCAGAGAGACUCCUGGGAUACUUCUGGAACACUCUGUCGGUGCAGAAACUGAGGAUCAAGGACAACAUCAGUCGCUGGGUGUGGGAUAUGCAGCAGGCCAAAGAGGGGGUCGGUGAAAGUGAGACAAUGAUAGACAGGUAUAUGUUUGUUCUUCUGUGGGCCUCUCAGGGGAACACUGGUCCGUCUGCGUUCUGGCUGCUUCUCUUUCUCAUGAAGCACCCAGAAGCUAUGGCUGCUGUGAAGGAAGAGGUGGACAAGGUUGUGAGGGAGUCUGGGCAGGAAGUCAAACGUGGUGGUCCUUUGCUCGACCUGACACAUGAGAUGCUGAUGAAAACACCAGUUCUUGACAGCGCUGUGGAAGAAACGCUGCGACUCACCGCUGCACCCCUCCUGACUAGAGCAGUGAUCGAGGACAUGACCAUCAAGAUGGCGGAUGGACGUGAGUACUCUGUUCGCAAAGGUGACAGAGUUGCACUCUUUCCUUACAUUUCUGUUCACAUUGAUCCAGAGAUCCACCCUGAACCACAGUCAUUCAAAUACAACCGCUUUCUGAAUCCAGACGGCUCGAAGAAAAAUGAUUUUUACAAAGCAGGGAAGAAAGUGAAGUUCUACAACAUGCCCUGGGGUGCCGGGGUCUCCAUGUGCCCUGGGCGUUUCUUUGCCACUAAUGAGCUGAAACAAUUUGUCUUCCUCAUGUUGGUCUAUUUUGAGUUUGAGCUGAAGGAUCCUGAUGUGGAAAUACCAGAAAUUGACUUCAGACGAUGGGGUUUUGGAUCUAUGCAACCCCAGAAUGAUGUUCAGUUUCGAUACAGACUUAGAUAUUGA